GGGGGCCUAUCCCCGAACUGAGUCUAGGGUUUAGCGUUUAGGUCUCGGCCGAGUAGUGUCAGAAAUUUGAGAACAAAGAAAAUGUCACGGGAUAAAACACUGUGAACAUUUUUGGGCCGGGUUUUAGCGAGUCCUUAGCGAGUGUCCGCAGUCAGAAGAAUAUGCUCUUAGACCAUCGCAAAAUGGUGAACAUGAAGGUGAGAUUGAUGACUUAGUCAAGCAGAGCAUAAUCGCUCAGCAGGAAAAUAAAGAGAUCCUUUGGUCAGGAAAAUUCCUGAUGGUUUCCAAAAAUCUCAGGACCACCCCAAAGACGAAGGAUGACUGGCGGUAUUGUACUAAUUUUGCACAGAGGAAUGCUAAGCUGAAGCAGGAGUCUUUCAACAUCCCUAUGGAGGGUGAGAUGUUUGGUCACGUUGCUGACAUCGUUCACGCUCAUCACACUGGCCCCAUCUGUGACGGUGGGUUGCAACAGGGCAUGGCCAAUAUGGAUCAGCCUGCUGUGUAA